ACAACGACCGCUGUUCAGUCUUUGACGCUCCCUUUGGGCAUUCUUCACGUCCUCUAGCAGGUUAAAAGCAACUAUCAUCACCUCUAGUUUUAACCAGUCCGCUCCCUGUUCAUCAUGAAGUUCUUCGCAACCGCAGCUGCCCUUGUCGCGCUCGUCCCUGCCGUCCUGGGAUUGACUGUCAACACUCCCACUAACGUGGUCGCUUGCCAGCCCAUUCAGUUCACCUGGGCCGAUGGUACCGCGCCCUACUUCCUGUCCCUCGUUCCUGGUGGUCAGCCCUCUGCUACGGCUAUCCAGCAAUUCCCGACGCAGCAGGGUACCAGCUUCUCCUGGUCUCAAGUGACCCUGGCUCCCAACACCGCGUUCACCAUUGUCCUGAAGGACAGCACUGGUGCUCAGGCUUUCUCUGACAUCGUCACUGUCCAGUCCGGCAGCGACCUUAGCUGCUUGAACGGCAGCACCAGCGCUUCCGUCACCGGUGGCGCUUCCACCACUGGCGGCAGCUCCCCGAGCGGCACCACCAGCGGCGGCUCUUCGCCUACUAGCACUUCGCCCAGCGGCGGCAACUCGUCCUCCAACAGGCCUACAGGCUCUAGCAGCGGUAGCAGUGCCUCCCCGACCAACUCUAGCGGUGCCUCCCGUGGCCAGGCCGUGAGCGCGUUCGGCGUUGCAGGUGUUAUGGGUCUCGUCGGUGCUGCUCUUUUCUGAGCGGUGCUUUCUGAGAGUAUGUUACGACUAGACUCCGCAUUAGAAUGACUUCAUGAUGUCGGACCCGACUGCCACUCUUUAAUAUACUGUCUUUUCUGAAGGACGUUUACCCCGACUGCCUAUGUUCGUUUUAGUACCUUUUAUUUUCCUUCUGUAGCCCGGCCCCGUGUAGAGUAGACAGUGCCAAUCCACUCUGUCUACUGGUCUGUAUCUUAGGGUCGCCUAGGUCUUCUGAACUUCAAUGUACAUAUCUUUCUGUUUUCAGUCCCCAUAUUGUGAACGCCAUGGGUAACUCUCGCGA